AUGGUUCAUUCCAGGUGCUCCUUCUUUUUCAGGUCUCCAUUUGCUGCAGUGGCAGAUUACUCCGUGACUAGAAACAACGUGAUUCAGCUGUGUCUUGAGCUCACUACAAUUGUACAACAGGACUGCUCUGUGUAUGAAACAGAAAACAAAAUCCUGAAUGUGUGUAAAACUCUGUCUGAAGUGUGCGACCACAUUAUCUCUCUGUCCUCCGAUCCCAUGGUGUCCCAGGCUGCACAUUUGGAGGUUGUGCAGCUAGCCAACAUAAAAUCCACUGAAGGACUGGGCAUGUAUAUCAAAUCAACCUAUGAUGGUUUGCAUGUAAUCACAGGGACAACAGAAGGAUCUCUGGCUGACCGCUGUAAGAAAAUCCAUGCUGGAGAUGAAGUCAUUCAGGUCAAUCUUCAGACAGUGGUGGGCUGGCAGCUGAAGAACUUGGUGAACUUGCUGCGUGGGGACCCUGCAGGUGUCACCCUGACGCUGAAGAAACGCCCACAGAGCACACUCACGUCAACCCCUGCUCUGCUCAAGAACAUGAGAUGGAAACCCUUGGCUCUGCAACCAAUCUUCCCACAGAGCCCCAGCAGCAGUGUCGCCACGCCUACCAGCACUUUAAGUACUCCAUCCAGGAGGAAUAGCUGUGCCCUGCAGGACCUCUACAUCCCCCCUCCUCCAGCAGAACCCUACACCCCCAGAGAUGACAAGGGAAAUCUGUCGGGUGACGAGCCUCAAUCGGAUGUCCAUUUCUCAGAGGGAUCUGAGUCACCAAACUCCUACCUGGACCAAGAGUGUCGGCGGAGAUUUCCUCUUGUGGAGGAAGAUGCCAUACUGUCCUGUUACGAGUAUGACCAGAACCAAGAGGUGUCAUCAGUCCGCAGGGGAAGCACUCCCACCUAUGGCAGGCUCAGGCCCAUCUCAAUGCCGGUAGAAUACAACUGGGUGGGAGACAACGAAGACCUGGCCAAGCUGAAGAGAGAGAGCAGGAGAGAGAAUUCCCUGCUUCGUUUUGCGAGUGAAGAUAAAACCCCGGGGGAGGACUUCCUGCUGGGACGCAGCCUGAGUCAAAACAGGUGGAAGACGGAGCGAGGAGGCAGCCCCACCCAGUACACGCUUGUCCCCGCCCUCCAGAUGGAAGUCUCCCUGUCCACAUCCAGCUCUGACUCUGCCUCCCUUUACCAUGUGUUUGAACGAUCCUCACUGAUGUCAAGGUCAAAGAAGAAGAGUAAAGGGGUGUUUUCUGAACCCUUCGUCUGUUCUGCUCCCUUGCUGGCGCCUGCAGCUGGAAGUCCUAUGUCUUCAAUCAGCAAGCGGCGGAUUUCCUGCAGAGACUUGGGUCAGGGGGACUGUGAGGGCUGGCUGUGGAAAAAGAAGGAUGCUAAAACCUAUUUUUCGCAGAAGUGGAAGAAGUACUGGUUUAUACUGAAAGACACAUGCCUGUACUGGUACAUGAACGAGGAGGAUGAGAAGGCAGAGGGCUUUGUCAGUCUUCCAGAGUUCAAGAUCGAUCGUGCCACUGAAUGCAGAAGGAAGUAUGCUUUCAAGGCUUGCCAUCCGAAGAUAAAGACCUUCUACUUUGCAGCGGAAAAUGUAGACGACAUGUCCCGGUGGCUGAGUCGUCUCAGUAUGGCAGUGGCAGGCUACUCUGAGCAGGAGAAAAAUCGCCAGGACCAAGAUUACUGGAGUGAGAGUGAUCAUGAGGACAUGGAGAUGCCCUCGAUGCCAAAACAGGACAGUCCGCCACCACCUUAUGACACCUAUCCCAGAGCAUCCUCAGUGAGUCCCUACCUGGAACCGAAACGUGGCCACCUCUCCUCCUCCGACACGUUCCAGUCCCGCUCCUCUCAUGACGAGUUCCACUCUGAGCCUCAGGACGGCAGCAGCAGCAACAAAAACGGCGUCUCCCCCGGGCAGAAGACGAACAUCCACCGAAACUCAUGGCAGGACCAGAUGGAGAGCAACGCGAGGAUGCACUACCUCCAGACGUUUCCGGUGGAGGAGACCCUGCUUUCUGAGGACAGAGGCCAACUUGCGAUGGAGUACCGCAGGCAGUCCACCCUGCCCGCCCAGCGCAGUCUGCUGCAAGAACAGUACAGAGCCCUGCCUCUGCCCCUCAGGUCCAGCAUCGAUUCAGAUGCGGGAGGGAAACCCCGCAGCUUCACGCUACCCAGGGACAGCGGGCUACAUGCUAUCCUGGCUGCCACCGCCGCUGCAUCGGAUCAGAGAGACCACCAUCACUACGAGCUGGACCGGGCCAGAGGCAGCGGUCAUGGACGGGACUGCAGGAUGCAGGCAGACUCGCUGGGAGAUUUGUACCGGGCUCUGGAGCAGACCAGUCUGUCCUCCUCAGCUGACCACAGAUCAGCCAGCCGCCUGGAGUACAAGCGCUCAUUUGUCCGCCGAGUCAAUGACCCCCUGCUCAAUGACAAGCUUCAUCGCCUCCGGAUCCUCCACAGCUCGCUUAAGAAUGUCCCUCUUCAAGACACAAACCGGUCAUUGGGCUUUUUAGGGUAGACCGCAAGGAGGAUCUGUGUGUUGAUUAAACCUCAAACGUAUCGCCUCUGCCUGUGCCUCACAUAGCUGGCAUCGCUUUGCUGGAGAUUAAAGGCGCCAAAAACCUCCCUUUACCUGCUCGGCUCUACAUCUCUUUUCCUUUUUCAGCUCCUUCAACCCUACUCACCGUUCAGGAGCACAAAGAUUUGGUGUCCCUCUCCACUUUUAAAGAUGAGGGCUGUUAAAGCUAAAAACACUGAUAAAACAACAGGGUUUAUGGCACUUUAAUAUGCACUUUGUGUCCGUGUCAAAGACUUGUCAGAGAUCUUUGUAGUUCAUUGCUCACAUGCAUGGCCGCCUACCCUCGCUUCUAUUGAAUCGUUUUGAACAUUAUGCUGGAGUGUGUACAGCCGCUCAGUAAGUCUGAUGGAAGAAUUAAAAGCUAUUUUGGAUGUACACAACAUUUUGUUAUGCAUGUGUGUAUGAUUAAAGAGUAUGUUUGUUCUAUGAGUGUACAGAGUGUUCAGCAUAUAUACAGUAUAUAAUAUUACAUUACUACAACAAUGACUACACAAUGUUUUGGGGUACUUAUACAAGCUGUAAAUCAAGUGCUGUGCCUCAGUGAUUGUGAAUGUACAUUGUACUUUUCCAAGAGAGACGAGAGAAGACAGAAAGCAAGCUAUUCCUCAAAACAGGAGCACAAAGUAUAAUGCUUGGCAAUAAUGAACUUGUAAAUUACAAAGGAAUGAUCAGAAUAGUUGUAUAUUUUUGUAUGCAUGCCGUCUACCUAAUUGUUUGUAAAACAGUUUUGUAUUUCUAAGUGCGUUUAGUCUGGAGAAUACUGAUGUCGACCCCUUCCUCCACCACAAUGUGUUUUUAAGACUUAUUUUACAAUUUGCCCCUGAAAAAGUAGAUUUUUUUAAGUGUUAAGAGGAAUAACUGUAUUUAUUAAGUGUUUAAUGUACAAGCAUGCUUUGUAUAACUAAAACACUUUACCAUGCCAUUGAGAAUUGACUGACAUUGCACAGGUGUGCGAUAUUGUAGCUACAUUACUUUUUUUAUUGAAUAAAGUAUGGCAUGGGCACACUUACUGUAA